AUGGAAUGGUCGUGGUUGCGCGACUGGUGGCACAUGGCAAAGUUCCGCCGUGGCGACCGAACCAACCCAGCAACGCAGCGUCACCGAAGACGUGGUAGUGGUAAUGCUGUAGCACCCGCCUUUACGGAUAACGAUGCGCCUGGAGAUACAGACGGCAACACCGAACAGCCGGUGGGCGAAGGUGAACCGAAUCAGCCCGUACGAUUUUUCGUCGAUCGUCACGAUUACUCAGAGGAUGACGAUGACGAGGAACAGUUGGUGGAGGACGAUGAUGAUGAUGAUCCGGAUAGAGUGCUGCUCUCGGAUACAGAGCUGGACCAGCAGGCGUACUCGGAGACGGAGGCGAUGUACGAUCAUCUGUACUGUGACUGUGAAAAAUCCUUGAGGAUGAAUGGUGAUCUGGAUCCAACCGAUGGGCUCGAUUCGGACGACUCAUCCACGUCCGGCAAACAGGUCGUGGUGGCCGUAUGCGCCAUGUCGAAGAAGUCACAAUCAAAACCGAUGAAAGAAAUAUUGACGCGGCUGCAGGAGUUUGAAUUCAUCCGCAUGGUGGUCAUCGGCGAAGAUAUCAUACUGAACGAACCGGUCGAUCGGUGGCCCUUGUGCGACUGUCUGAUCUCAUUCCAUUCGAAGGGUUUCCCCCUCGAGAAGGCAAUCCAGUAUGCGCAGCUGCGCCAACCGUACGUCAUCAACAACUUGCACAUGCAGUUUGAUAUCCAGGAUCGACGACGUGUUUAUGCGAUCCUGGAGAAAGAGGGAAUUGAAAUACCACGCUACGCUGUACUGGAUCGUGACUCACCGGAUCCCAAACAGCAUGAGCUGGUGGAGUCGGAAGAUCACGUCGAGGUGAAUGGGAUUGUAUUUAACAAACCAUUUGUCGAAAAGCCUGUCUCCGCCGAAGACCACAACAUAUACAUCUACUAUCCCACGUCCGCUGGCGGUGGCAGUCAACGGUUGUUUCGCAAGAUUGGUAGUCGGAGCAGCGUCUACUCGCCGGAAUCGCGUGUGCGCAAGACUGGUUCGUUUAUCUACGAAGACUUCAUGCCAACCGAUGGCACCGAUGUGAAGGUGUAUACGGUCGGUCCGGACUAUGCGCACGCGGAAGCACGGAAAAGCCCCGCCUUGGACGGUAAGGUUGAACGGGACAGCGACGGUAAAGAGAUACGUUAUCCGGUGAUCCUGAGCAAUGCUGAGAAGCUGAUUUCGCGUAAAGUGUGCCUUGCCUUCAAGCAGACGGUGUGUGGAUUUGAUCUGUUGCGCGCGAACGGCAAAUCGUUCGUGUGUGACGUUAACGGGUUCAGCUUCGUGAAGAAUUCGAACAAGUACUAUGACGACUGUGCAAAAAUACUGGGUAACAUGAUAUUGCGCGAGCUGGCACCGCAGCUGCAUAUUCCGUGGUCAGUGCCAUUUCAACUAGACGAUCCACCGAUCGUACCGACAACGUUCGGCAAGAUGAUGGAGUUGCGGUGCGUGACCGCCGUCAUCCGACAUGGUGAUCGGACACCGAAGCAAAAGAUGAAGGUCGAGGUGCGGCAUCAGAAAUUUUUCGAAAUAUUCGAAAAGUACGACGGCUAUCGGUACGGCCAUAUUAAGCUGAAGCGUCCGAAGCAACUCCAAGAAAUACUCGACAUUGCCCGGUCGCUGCUGGCAGAAAUACAAACCAAGGCGGCCGAUUCGGAGAUCGAAGAGAAGCAGAGCAAACUGGAGCAACUGAAAAGUGUGCUGGAGAUGUAUGGUCAUUUUUCGGGUAUCAACCGCAAAGUGCAAAUGAAAUACCAACCUAAGGGUCGACCGAGAGGAUCAAGCUCAGACGAUGGUAAACACGAUUGCAGCAACUUUGUUUUUGUGUCUGAUGCACCGAAGGAACCCUCGUUGGUACUCAUUCUCAAAUGGGGCGGUGAACUUACGCCCGCUGGGCGUAUUCAGGCGGAAGAAUUGGGUCGCAUUUUUCGUUGCAUGUACCCUGGAGGACAGAGCCGUCAGCCGGGGGUUGGCGAAGGUCCCGGCGCUCAGGGUCUCGGUUUGUUACGGUUGCACUCCACCUUUCGGCACGACCUAAAAAUUUACGCAUCCGACGAGGGUCGUGUGCAAAUGACGGCUGCCGCCUUUGCCAAAGGCCUGUUGGCACUCGAAGGCGAGUUAACGCCAAUACUGGUGCAGAUGGUAAAAAGCGCCAACACGAACGGACUCCUCGACAACGACUGUGACUCGAGCAAGUACCAGAACAUGGCAAAGUCCCGUCUGCAUGAGCUGAUGCAGAUCGAUCGGGAAUUUACAGCGGAGGACCGGGCAGCGAUAAACCCGGGCAAUGCAAUCAGCAUCAAUCAGGCGAUGAAUUUCGUCAAAAAUCCGGUCCAGUGUUGCGCGCAGGUACACUCACUGAUUCGAUCGCUGAUGGCGGUGGUCGCCGUCAAGCGUGAUGAUCCGAAAACGCGCGAUGCAGUGCUGUACCAUGGUGAAACCUGGGAGCUGAUGGGUCGGCGAUGGGGCAAGAUCGAGAAAGAUUUCUGCACGAAGAACAAAAACUACGACAUUUCGAAGAUACCGGACAUCUACGACUGCAUCAAGUACGAUCUGCAGCACAAUCAGCACACGCUGCAGUUUGACCUUGCCGAGGAGUUGUACAUUUCGGCCAAAUAUCUAGCAGAUAUCGUCAUCCCCCAGGAGUACGGCUUAACCAUGCAUGAGAAGCUGACGAUUGGUCAAGGUAUUUGCACACCGUUGCUGAAAAAAAUCCGCGCAGAUCUGCAGCGAAACAUCGAGGAACUUGGCGGCGAAGAGAGCGUGAAUCGGCUCAACCCACGCUACAGCCACGGCGUGUCGAGCCCGGGACGGCAUGUGCGAACGCGCCUGUACUUCACCAGCGAGAGCCACGUACACUCGCUGCUAACCGUACUGCGGCACGGUGGUCUGUUGAAUGUACUGACUGAUGAGCAAUGGCGCCGCGCGAUGGAAUACGUGUCCAUGGUAUCGGAGCUAAACUACAUGUCGCAGAUCGUGAUCAUGCUGUAUGAGGACCCGAUGAAAGAUCCAAGCUCGGAGGAACGCUUUCACGUGGAAUUACACUUCAGUCCGGGUGUCAACUGCUGUGUUCAGAAAAAUCUUCCACCCGGUCCGGGCUUUCGCCCACACAGCCGAAACGAUUCCGUUACAUCGAAAAAUGCGAGUGGUGACGAGGACACGACAUCACGGAUCGAAGAGGAAAAUGACACUGAAGAGGAAAACUCGUUUUCACACAACUCUUCAUUGCAUCAUACGCCCUCAAAAUCAUUGGCUCGCACGGAAACUGACAUUGAUAAUAUUGUAGCCGGUGCUGCAUCCGCCGUAGUGCUGAAAGAGCGUCGAAUGAAGAAAAUCAAAUCGUCAUCACCAAUACCGAUCGGUUCGUGCCACACCGUAUCCGGCCACGAGGCGAUGGAUUUAGCAAAGCGGCUUAGCGAGGAGCUGGCUGUACAGCAGCAGCAACAGCAGCAGCAGCACCAACAGCAACAUCAUCUGACGGGUUCGUUCGGGUGUGGCACAUCGAAGGACAUAACACGUCCGCUCAGUCCAGAUUCAGAACCGCGUGCUCGGUCCUUCGAACAUCAACAGCAGCACCAUCACAGCCAUCAGCACCAUCACCAUCAUGGCAAAAUGCACCAUCACCGAUCCAAGGGAAAAGGAGUUUUGAACACGAACACCUCUCGGGGAUCGGCUGAACGUUGCAGGGCGAAAGAUUUGCAUGAAGCAGAUUUUCGCAGUGAAGGAUGCGAACGUUGCGACUUUUGUGAGUCAUUCACGUUGGAGUCUCACGGAACGUUCGCUAACGCAGAUCUAACAUUGUCGGCGUUGCCAUCUUUACGAGCGCAGGAAGAGUGCGUCAGUUGUACCUCGGAACCAUCAAACGUUGGUCAGCUGUACCCCGCAGAACCAUCGUGCGAUGGUAUAGACGAGCCCGAGCUGGCAACAGAGAACGUGAAGCAUAUUGAGGUGGAUAAAACACUGAGCCUGUACAUUGGUCCACCAGAAUCUUCGUACAGCUGUGAUUCGAUCAACGAAUUUACACCCAACCUAGACGAUCAGGAGCUCUACGUGUCCUCGUUUUCCGAAUCGGAGGACGAAAACGAAGCGGACGGUUACGAUGAUGCGAGCGAAUCAGAACCAUCCCGGUACUACAGUGCACUCGGUCAGCAUGAUGCGGAAUUGGACGGUGCAAUCGGCCGUAGCUGUCUGCGACGCUCGCUGUCGUACACCUUCUCCAACGAUCCAGACCGUUACCACCCGAAUGUGGAUGAUAACUGUUGGCCGUGCGGGAGAAACAUGUCUUCAGUGGAGCUGGAUGAAACCCGUAUCACGUCCCUGAUGACGCGCAGUUUCGACGAGCUGCUGGUGGAUGCGCACGACAAAUGCUGUGCAGAUCAUCGAGACUGCUACUGCAGGUACUGCUGGAUGUCGCAAAUGCCACGGUUUGCGUUGCGCACAAGAGAUGUCGACGAGCCGAACGCUAGCACACGCCAGAGUGAUUCGCUGAGUCCACCGCACGCUAGUGUGCGACGGUUCCGCAGUAACACUACCACUGGUGUAUCGCACACGGACACAUCCCAUCCGUCAACGCUGCAGGUACCGGGUGGUAGUAGUGUCGCUGCACGGCAUGAUUUAAACGAUCACGGACGGUUGCGUCUUGUGCGCUAUCCGGUGCGGGCAAUGACCCGGUUUGCUAGCGAUCCAUCACUACCAUUAGGGCUCGCUUGGGCCGAAGCAUCGAACGCGUCGGACAAAAUGAUGGGCUUUAGAUCUUCGCCUGGUAAGGUUAAAGCAACGGAUCAUCUGGUAGAAUCGGCCCAUCAGCUAGUGUUCGUGACGCUUACAACGCCACCACCAGACGAGGACGACGGUGAGCCCCUUCUGCAUCAGCUCUUUAACCGCGGUGCAAAGACACAGGCACGACCAUUCGACUGUGAGCAUCGAGAGGAUGGAAGGCAGCCCUCGCCAGGUUCGAACCACGCUCGUUCUCGCUGUUCUGGUAAAGAAGGCAACGACGAGCAAUGUCAUACUGCGCACAGUACUCCAUCAUGCGGUACUAACGUUCAUCCUUCGUGCGAACACGAUGACAGUGUUCCUUCGCCCAUAUGUCCCUUUCCGCACAUCUCCACUAAAACACCGUUGCCUCUGUCGCCCACAAAGCAAGUGCCCUGUAGUACUGUCGAGACUCAUUGCAAUUCGGAAAACAUUAGUACAGCCAUAACCAACCAUCGUACUGUCCCCGUUUGUACUGCUUCCCCGUAUACCAUGCCCAGUAAUAUCGGCAAACAAUCUGCCAGCGUAGAUUGCCCAUCAUCAGCCUUAAUUACUAAUCCUACUAUUACCACUACGACUUCUUUUCACACCACCGUGGCUACGUUUACUUCCGUCACCACUACUGACACCACCGUGUGUUCUGCCGUUGCUAUACCUUGCGUUACAUCUGUGGCUGACACGAGUAACAUCUUUUCGACUUGUUCUUCUUAUGUUCAUACCACCAACAUGACUACCUCGUCCGCUAUCGGUUCACUAACCAUGCCGUCGCUGGUCCCUGUCGUUGCCGAACGCAAACACACGCGCUGUCCGGCGAAACUGUUCGUUAAAUCGUACACGAUAGACGGUAGCGGUGGUGUUGGUUACAGUUCGAUGAUGGCAACCGCUAUCACCACUACGACCACGGUGACGACGACGACGGUGUCCGGGGCAGGCGAGGCAGCAACGGCAGCAGAAUCCAACGAUGAUGGAGCGAACAAUGUCACCAGCACAGGCAGCACCAUCACCGGCAGCUGCCUGUACUGCUGCACCGGUGGCACGACCACCGUACCGAGAAUGGCGGGGCCGGGAGCCGCCCUCUCCCACGGUUCCGGCUCGUUAUCGUCCUGCUGCUGCUGCUGUUGCUGCUGCUGCUCCACGCCCUCGUCGUCCGCGGGUGGGCUCGCCGGGACCGGCGUCGGUGGGCCGGCGGGAACAUCCAAUGCUACGACGGUCCGACGCCAGCGGCACAGCAUUGCCGGCCAGAUGAGCUACUUUAAAAUGUUAGGUACCUUCAGUAAAAAGAUGGCGACCAGCACAAACAGUCUGUUCAGUACCGCGGUGAUCAGUGGCAGCUCGUCCGCACCGAACCUGCGCGACAUGAUACCGAGCACAGCGUCCCCGUCAGGAUUCGGCGGCGUACCACCGAUUCGCCCGUUGGAAACACUACACAACGCGCUUUCGCUCAAGCAACUGGAUGCGUUUCUGGAGCGCAUGACGACCGGGCCACUCUUCAAAACUCCCGCCUCUUCACCGCCACCGAAGCAUCCCCUCGUCGCGGCAGCCCCGGGUACGUCAGCAUUAUCCACCGCUGGAUCGGGUUCGAAGAGUCCGCCGUCGCUGGUGAAUCGUGACAGCUUUCCGGAAGGGGCCACAAUGCUAGCCCAGCCGUCGUCAAACGUUCCACCGGCGGCGGGAAGUGGUGGCGAGGAAAAGGGCACCAGCCGUGCCGGCAUUCGGGACUUUGCACCGUUCGCGUCGGUUGGCCAGCAGGGAGGAGCGACAGCAACCGGUGGAAUUCCAGCCAUGCCUGGCGCCGGUACUACUUCUACCAACGGUGCGAAUGUGACCGGUGCUCAGCAGAGUUGGAGUGACCAUUCGAGCAGUAUGACCAGUAGUAUCAGUGCACUGUCGAGCGGUGGCCCAUCCUCGCCCAACUACUCCGAGGUAUAUUCCCGCGGUUGCCCCAGCAGUGACAUGUCCGCAAGCAUAACCAGCAGUACCGAUGGCAGCCUGGCGGCAAUUGUCGGUGGCGGUGCUGGUGAGCAGCUGGUAGCACUGCCACAGUUAUUCGCUCAUCCACAACCGACUGCGGGCGGUGCACGGAUGUCACCGAAGCACCCGCACAUGGAGCUAGCAAUGGUUGAUUCGUUCGGUAAGUUCGGGGAGGAAGACGCUAGACAGCAGGACGAUCAACACCUGCCCGGUGGUGGCGACCCGGUUGUUGCCUGCACCUCCACUGCCGAUGCAUACCUUCGGCGGAGUUCCACCAUGGACAUUAGCGGAGAUUUAACACCGGUUAGCGGAUGUUCUGACUGGGAAAGCAACACAAACGACGCAACCAAAGGGUCGACGACUAAUUAUGAUUUGACCACGGCAAACACGACCGAGGAAGAUGAUGAAGACGCAACGAUAUCGACCGACACCUGCCUGAGCGUCGGCGAUCAGGAACAGCAGCAAAUGAAGGCAAGCGUGGAGUUGAGCACUGCUCCCUCCGGUGGUAUUGUGCCGUGUGGUAGCACUUGCAUAACUAACACCGUCCCCGGUGUGUUCCCAUUCGAUGAACCGCUGCACGGUCGAGAUGAUUCGGUGGACAGUGUUGGUAGGGUUGACAAUCGUGUGCGUGGUAGCCGCAUCCAGCGCCAGAUUAGCCUGUAUGAGAAGGAGAGCCGAACGGUGGAGACAAAACACACACAAAAAGCGCAUGAGUGGUGCGGAGAAGGCGCAACACUCGGUGCUGCGUGUGUAGUGCAACUGGGUCGUCAACACCAACACCCAUACAGCCACCAGGUACAGCAGCCAUUGCACACGUCGUUCGAUGAGCUGCACAAAGCGCUGCCCGGCAUCGAACGGACCACACGUUACCACCAAGAGCAGCUGGGUUCUGCUCGCUCGACAGAAGAACCGACCAGAUCGCAGCAGCGCGCACCAUCCACCGCUGGGCAGGAUGCCGCUGGAUCGAUACACACGCCCGGCGCAUUGGUGAUACGCGAGGGUUACAUCGAACCACCGAGGUUAACGCGCGUCACGAAGAGCUUCCACGGCAAAACCGACCACCAGAAGCUGAGCGUCGAACUGCAACAGGGCGCGGCCCGGUCGGCCACUACUGAUGCAGGCGGACUCCGACGUGCGAGUGACAGUCCGGCGGUGGAGUCGCAUCGGUACAGCAAGAGCGCAUUGCGCCAGCAGCACUCGAGCACCGGUAGCAGCAGCAGCAGUCAGGGACGGUUCACGACGUCGAUCGUGCAGGAGUUGGAACAGUUGAAUACGGUUGAGGAGGGGGCCGCUACCAGCAGGGAGAAGCAGGAACGCGUAACGCACCGAGCGUUACCGAAAUAA